UUGAGGACUUGGCUUCUCUCGUUGGGUGUCACUUGUGUCCGAUCAGUCUGAGGAUGUGGCUAAAGACUCAGUCCUUCUUUCUGAUUCUGUCUGUGAUCGUCACAGGGUCUCUCUCAACGACUUGGGACAUGGUGGUCCCGCCAGUGGUCACUGUCUCCAGAGGAGAAGACGCCUUCCUCGACUGCUCCUUCACCCACCCCCGUCAGCAGCGGUAUUCAGGGGAGAUCACUGUGAAAUGGCUGGCCGGAGAACCAAAAGCUUCACCAUUCUUCAUCUGUUCAGUUAGAAACAACUCUAUGGAUGGACUUGGCAACUGUUCAGCUUCUGGAUUAAAACGUUCCCUGGCUGGAGACCCUCGACGGGGGGAACUGUCCCUCCUCAUCAGGAAGACACAGCUGAUGGAUAAUGGAAGAUACUUCUGCAGAGUGGAGCUGGAGGUCCAGAGGGAGGGUUACCAGAAAGAGACACAGCUUCAUGUGACAGCUGAACCUCAGAUCCUGAGUCUCUCUCUGGCGGAGACAUCCCCCGACUCAAACAGCGCCCCCCGGAGGCUGCAGUGUGAGGUGGAGGGACACCCACUGCCUAAGAUAGUCUGGCUGUCGGCCUCCAGGAAGCAGAUAGAGAACCGGGGGGAGUCCUCUUCGUCCAGCCUGUACCGACUGAUGAGCUCUGUGCUGUACCUGGAGGAGGAGGUGUUGACCUGCAGGGCGGAGAGCGAGCUGGGCUAUGCAGAGAGGACGUAUCCGCCCAGUGACACUCUGAUGAUAACACUGGUUGUGUGUGGACUCCUCCUCCUGCUGCUGCUCUCUGCAGGUGUCAUCAUCUACCACCUGAGGAACAGAGUGAAGAAUCAUGGACAGCGAGCCUGUGAUUCUCCAGCUGACAGCAACGCCGAGGAUAAGCUGGUCUAUUCAGCCAUCACCCUGAGCACGUCCACUUCCUGUGAGUCCCGUUCGCCUGGAGCGCCACCUGCUGAUGUCAUCGGCUCACGGCAACACGAGGAGACAGGUGUCGUGUACGCUGUUGUGAACAUCCGGUCCUGACUGAGGGAUGGACGAUAUCAGCCUGAUGUGAUGAAGAAUGAGGACAACAGCUGAUUCACACACAUUUAUAUUUUAUUCUUUAUCUUUCAGGAACAACAAACAACAUGUAAAAAUAAAUGAUGUGCUAUUUCCUGGAAUCUGCACAUAGUCUGUACAUAUGUUUAAGGUUCUGUUUCAUAUGUUUUAUUCUCUUGUUCUCAUGUGCGUCACUUAUGAUUGGUUGUUUAAUAAAGAGUAAUUUCUGUUACUGAUCUUUCUGUUCCUCUUAUAUUGUGAUAGUCUGAUUCUUGGAGGAAGUGUCAGAUGCUGUGGACAUUACCUGGUCAUUACCUGUAAGUAACGUCUCCACAUGUUGGAACCUCGUGCAGAAACAGACUGAAGUUAAGGUUUCAACUUUAAUCACCUUUUUGCCAGUUCAUCAUUACAAUGAUUUAAGGCACCUGAAUGCAUCAGUCUGUGUGUCCUGACUACGCUGCGUUCAGGUGCACAAUCAGAUGCUGAACACUGUUAUGACCUGUCGAACUCAGAUUUAUUCCUGUGGUGAUUUCAGAG